CUCUGCCUGCCUGUGUUCUUCCACAGGGUUUGUACUACUCCACUCCCAGCUCCAUCCACUUCUUCUUCUUCUUCAAUUCCUCCUCCACCGUCAGGGUAAGCCAUCACUCCCUGCCAUGGCCUCGCGGAGGCCAACGCACCACCAGCCUACCGAUGAUGCUCCAGAUCCUCCUCAUCCUGCCGCUGCUGCUGCUGGUGGUGGUGGAAGAGGGAGAGGCCGUGCCGGUGCCGGUCGAUAUGCUCAGCCUCACCAGCAGCAAGGGCGAGGCCGACAGCAGCAACCCCCAAGGGCUACCCCGACGACUGCCCGUGCGGCCUCCUCAUCCGCCACCGCAUCAUCAGGCCCUCUAGCUCCCGAGCUGCGCCAAGCAAUGGAAGCUCCCCGUGAGCUCGCUCAACCCUCAUCCACGCACACGCAGGCAGGCCCUUCUCAGCCACCGCCUCCUGCGGAUACCACGCCGCACCAUAUUCCAUCCUCAAGCAAGUCAAUUAGGUUCCCUUUGCGCCCCGGGAAGGGCAGCAUUGGCACCAGGUGUAUGGUCAAGGCCAAUCAUUUCUUCGCUGAGCUACCCAACAAGGAUCUUCAUCAAUACGAUGUCUCCAUCACUCCAGAAGUUACAUCACGCUUUGUUAACCGAGCGGUCAUCAAGGAGCUGGUAAAUCUGUAUAAGGCAUCUUAUCUGGGCGGGAGGCUGCCCGCGUAUGAUGGUAGGAAGAGCUUAUACACGGCUGGUCCAUUGCCGUUUACUUCGCAAGAAUUUCAGAUCACUUUAGUUGAUGACGACGAUGGUUCUGGUUCUGAGAGGCGUCAGAGGACUUUCCGGGUAGUAAUCAAGUUUGCUGCACGGGCCGACCUUCACCGUCUUGAGUUGUUUUUAGCUGGGAGACACGCAGAAGCUCCUCAGGAGGCACUGCAAGUUCUUGAUAUCGUGCUGCGAGAGCUACCAUCAGCAAGAUAUGCGCCAUUUGGACGUUCCUUCUUUUCACCUGACUUGGGCAGGAGGCAACCCCUCGGUGAGGGAUUAGAAAGCUGGCGUGGGUUUUACCAGAGCAUUCGGCCUACUCAGAUGGGCUUAUCACUGAAUAUCGAUAUGUCAGCUACAGCUUUCAUUGAGCCUUUACCUGUUAUUGAUUUUGUUGCACAACUAUUGAAUUCUGACAUCCAAUCAAGGCCACUUUCUGAUGCUGAGCGUGUUAAGAUCAAGAAAGCCUUGAGAGGAGUGAAGGUGGAAGUUACCCACCGUGGCAACAUGAGACGAAAGUACCGGAUAUCUGGUGUGACAAUUCAGGCAACUCGUGAGCUAACUUUUCCUGUUGACGAAGGAGGCACAGUGAAGUCAGUUGUACAAUACUUUCAAGAGACAUACGGCUUUGCCAUCCAACACACCUACCUUCCAUGCCUUACAGUUGGCAACCAGCAGCGGUUAAAUUACCUUCCUAUGGAGGUGUGCAAAAUAGUGGAAGGACAGAGAUACUCCAAGAGAUUAAAUCAGAAUCAGAUAAGAGCUCUUUUGGAGGAGACUUGCCAACACCCACGUGAUCGGGAGCGUGAUAUUAUUAAGAUGGUUAAACAUAAUGCUUAUCAGGAUGAUCCUUACGCAAAAGAGUUUGGCAUUAAGAUAAGCGAUCGUCUGGCAUCAGUAGAGGCACGGAUUUUACCGGCUCCACGGCUUAAGUACAAUGAGACUGGUAGAGAGAAGGAUUGCUUACCAAGAGUUGGUCAAUGGAAUAUGAUGAACAAGAAAAUGGUAAAUGGUGGUAAAGUCAGAAGCUGGAUGUGUGUCAAUUUUGCCCGUAAUGUGCAGGAAAGUGUUGUUCGUGGGUUCUGCCAUGAACUUGCUCUGAUGUGUCAAGCCUCAGGAAUGGAUUUUGCUCUGGAACCUAUUCUUCCACCUUUAAAUGCACGUCCAGAUCAAGUGGAGCGUGCUCUGAAAGCUAGAUAUCAUGAUGCAAUGAAUGUUCUUGGACCCCAGCGCAGGGAACUUGAUUUGCUUAUUGGAAUACUACCCGACAACAAUGGCUCACUUUAUGGUGAUUUGAAGCGCGUGUGUGAAAUAGAUCUUGGAAUAGUUUCACAAUGCUGUUGUACAAAGCAGGUGUUCAAAAUGAACAAACAAAUUCUUGCAAAUCUUGCUCUGAAGAUAAAUGUCAAGGUUGGGGGCAGGAACACUGUGCUGGUGGAUGCCGUGUCAAGGCGUAUUCCUCUAGUAACGGACAGACCUACGAUUAUAUUUGGUGCUGACGUUACCCAUCCUCAUCCUGGAGAGGACAGCAGUCCCUCAAUUGCUGCUGUUGUGGCUUCCCAAGAUUGGCCUGAGGUGACAAAGUAUGCUGGGUUGGUUUCUGCGCAAGCACACCGACAAGAGUUGAUAGAAGAUUUGUAUAAACUCUGGCAGGAUCCACAGAGAGGGACAGUUAGUGGUGGCAUGAUCCGUGAGCUGCUUAUAUCCUUCAAAAGAUCAACUGGUGAGAAGCCCCAGCGAAUCAUAUUUUACAGGGAUGGGGUUAGUGAAGGCCAAUUUUACCAAGUUCUGCUGUAUGAGUUGAAUGCAAUCCGAAAAGCAUGUGCCUCGCUGGAGGCAAAUUACCAACCAAAGGUGACUUUCAUCGUGGUUCAGAAACGUCACCACACAAGAUUAUUUGCACAUAAUCACAAUGAUCAGAGUUCAGUUGACAGGAGUGGGAACAUACUCCCUGGUACGGUUGUAGAUUCAAAGAUCUGUCAUCCAACUGAGUUUGACUUCUACCUGUGCAGCCAUGCUGGUAUUAAGGGUACUAGUCGUCCUGCUCAUUAUCAUGUGUUGUGGGAUGAAAACAACUUCACAGCUGAUGCAUUACAGACUCUUACCAACAACCUUUGCUACACCUAUGCAAGGUGCACUCGCUCUGUAUCAAUUGUUCCACCUGCAUAUUAUGCUCAUUUGGCCGCCUUUCGCGCUCGUUUCUAUAUGGAGCCAGAUACAUCUGACAGCGGUUCUGCCGUAAGUGGGGCAGGUGGACGUGGGCCACUUUCUGGCUCAUCAACGUCUCGCAGUACUCGCCCCCCUGGUGGUGCAGCUGUUAAGCCACUUCCUGCUCUGAAGGAUAAUGUGAAGAGAGUCAUGUUCUACUGCUGAAGCUAGGGCCAAUACAGCUAAAUCUCUGAAUUUCUUGGCGACAUGCCUUCAUGGUUGUAAUUAUGUGUGAAAAAAAAUCCCAUAAUAAUCUGCCUGCUGCUAUCUUCUCCAUUGUACUAUGCUGGUCAUAUUUUCCUAAGAACCAUAUAUGUAUGUAUAUUAUACUGUUGUUGUUGUUGUCGUCAUGUAUUAUGUUUUAAUAUCAUGUCUGUAAUUAUAAUUUGAGGACCUUGCGACUUGGCUUGAACAUUUGAGGUUUUU